AUGAAAAACUUUUUUAUUUUAAAUUAUUUUAUUUUUUCAUUAAUAUUUUUAAUAAAUACCCGAAAUUUACGUAAAAUAAAAUUUCCCAAAAAAAUUGAUAAAACAAAAAAUAUAUAUAUAUUACAAUGGUCUAAUUUAUGGGCUAAAGAAAAAUAUUAUUUGAGGUGUCCUUUGUACAAAGAAUGUAAAUAUUCAUCAUCAUUUAGUGAUGUCAAGAAGGCAGAUGUUUUGAUUUUUAAAGAUCUCACAUCUGAUGAAAAUCAUAUUCCAAAAUAUCGAAAUCCUAAACAAUUAUAUGUUUAUAUGAAUAUGGAACCAAAACUUGUUAUUGAUAGAAAAGAAAUUCUAGGAUAUAAAUGGAGACAUAAAAAUUUUUUUAACAUGACUUAUACAUAUUCAUUAAAAUCAGAUAUACAAGAUACAUAUUAUGGAAAAUGGGUAAAUAAACCAACAGAAAAAAGACUUAGUAAAUAUUAUAAAAAUGUAUCAACAAUACCAAAAAUGAAAGAUUUAAAACAAAAAAAACGUUAUAUAAUUUGGACUGUUUCUGAUUGUACAACUGCAUCAAAAAGAGAAAUAGCUGUUGAUAUGCUUAAAAAAUAUAUUCCUGUAAAUCAAUAUGGAUUAUGUAAUAAUAGAUAUUUAAAUUAUGAUAGAUCAUCAAAAGAAUUUAGAAAAAAAUAUGAAGAACAUUUUUUUUAUAUUGCAUUAGAAAAUAGUAAUUGUGAAGAUUAUAUAACAGAAAAGUAUUUUUCAAGAGUACAUUUUAAUUCUAUACCAAUUGUUGGAUAUCGAAAAUAUUACCAAAAUAUUGCACCAAAUAAUAGUUUUAUAGCAAUAGAUGAUUUUAAUAGUCCAAAAGAAAUGGCCAAUUUUCUUUAUUUUCUUAUUAAAAAUAAAAAUGAAUAUUUAAAAUAUUUUGAGUAUAGAAAAGAAGGAUGGAAAGUAUAUAAUAUUGAUAAUGCAUCAGAUAACUUUUGUUCUCUUUGUAAAAAACUUGUAGAAAUGAAAAAAUCUGGUCAAUUAGAAAAAUAUCAUAAAAUUUAUUAUGAUGCUAGGGAAGAAUUUUUAUCAUGGACUCAAUGUCAAGAAAGUCAAUAUUUUUGGGAAAAGUGGAUUAAUUCAUCAAAAACAACCAAAAAAAAUAAACGUAAAAAAAGUUCAAAAGGAAAAAAAUCAAAUGACAAAAAAGUAGAUGAAAUUAAACAAACAUCAUUCUCGACGGCACAUCAAGGUAAAACUGAAAUUAUACUAAAUGCACAACCACAAGAUAUUGAAAAAUAUAUUAAUGAUAAAGAAGGUGGUGAUGAAAUUAUAGAACAAGUUGUAAAAGCAUUAGAGAAAAAAAAGCAGGAAAAAUCUGAUAUGAGAAAAUACAAACAUUGGUUAGAUUUUAUUGAACAAAAACAAUAA